UCGUUGGUCGUCGUGCAGUCGAGCAACCCCGUGCUGCUCGACAGCUCAGUUGCCCAUCGCCGCGACGACGACACGGUUGCGCCACGACGACAGCCAGACGUCAUCCGUGUACCGGGCCUGAAUUCCAAAUUUCGAGAUCACAUUUAUCAUCCGUCGCAUUUCACCUUCGCUCGCUGCGGAACCGGAUCACGAGGUGGCUGGACGCUGUUGAAUCAGUGGUUGGUCGAUCUGAAACCGGUGUCCACGCGUUCACCGAUUCCCUAACGAGGAUACACUCGAGUUGGCCGAGUCCGACGGAGUCUCUCAUUCUCCUGUGAACGUGCGACCGAACGAGUUUCCGUGGUGUGAGGUAUACCGGCGGAAGACAGUGAAACGGUAUGAUAGGAGGAUCUAGCUAGUAGACGGAUAGAGUUGGAACGUGAUCAACGAAGAGAGAAUCGGUAGCCCGAGGCAGCUCGACCAGUCCGGUGUCUUUCCGGCUGUAAGGAAGCAGCGAGGAAGACUCGGUUGUCCCUGAAAUUCAAUCCUCGCCGUGGAGAGGAUGAAAGGAAAAGGUUCCAGGAAUCUCCUUGCGCAUCGCUGAGUCCGGGGGAGAGUUUUGUUUGGUGAAUGAAGCCCGUCACGUGCUAUCGGGAGGUCUGAAUAGAAUUCCCGGGCAGAGAUAAUGUUCUAAUUGUCGUUGGGGGACGAGAGAUCGCUAGUCGGGCAACUGUACGCGGCGCGCUGGCCGAGAAGCAAAGGAACGCCGGGAACCUGUACCUGAUCACAACGAACAAACUAGCCGAGAAUUCAACGAAGAAACUGGACCAGACGUGUGACGUUAGACGCGAAUAGUUGAUUAGACUAGCCGGGUGUUCCUUGUGCGUGAACGAAGGAAAACAGGGUGAUUUCGAGUUGAUCAACGAGACAGCAGCCGAUCCACGCAGCAGCUCGCGUUGCCGUCGCUAGCCGACAGCCAGGUCUGGAUCCCUCCGACUCGACGGAACCACAAGCUUCGCUCGUUACAACGAAGAUUAAUCGACAACACACCACAGUAAGCACUAUACUAACCCUCGCCGAUCGACGAUCGUCCUCAAUCGGUGCGUUCCCGAUGAUGGAGAUCUAUGAGAACACUUAGGACCGUCGGCCGGUCCAUCGAGCACUAUUCCCUGUCCUUCCGCGCGAAGUUCGUAUAUUUUUUCAAAGCAACCGGGCCAGUUCAAUUCCGAGGAACGCCGCGAAACGGGCCUAUGCUAGAAUCCCAAGUCCAGAGAACCGGAACCCGUCACCGGACACUGAAAGUGUCGCCGCCGCAAACCGUCGGACACCGAGUUUAGCGUAAUGCCAAGGCCUAGCCGUGCCGGGAGUUUCAUUCUUUUCCGUUUACGCGCCCUCGACACUUGAAUCGAUCCUGAGGAUCGUCGUCGUGCAUCGAACACCCUGAUCCAUCAACGAAUACGAUAUCUCGCUUGCCGUUCGGAAUCGCUUCCCUGUAGCGUCGCGAACAUAGUUCCUAAGAAAGGUAAUCGGAAGAGGAGGCACGCGCAACGAUUGGAAACUUGCUGAUCGGCGUUCAACGAUUGCACAUUGCUGAUCAGUCGAUGAAAUGAAUUAGGGAUUGGUCGACCUUCGGAGACGUGAACGAAACAAUUAACGAGGUUCAGAGAACGGAGGAUGUUAUUCUGAACGAAGUAAGAUCAUCGAAGAAAGUACAAAGAUGCCGCAGCGAUCGCCGUUCGCGAUCCAGGAGCUGCUGGGGCUAAACGGAGCCGGAAACGGAAGCGGCACCGAUCGAGGCUCGCCUCAAGCCUCGCCGCCGGCCGGCGUCUCCGCGGUCUCGUACGCGCCAACGGCGCCCCAUCACAAGCUAUGGGACUACAUGCCCAGCCUGACGAAUCAUCUGGGCAAUCUGGGAAAUCUUGGGAAUCUGGGCAACCUCACGGCCUCGCGGAUGGCCUACCUGAAUGCGCAGGCGGCCGUCGCCGCUGCCUUCCUGCCGCCGCCCCAUCCCCACCCUGCCCACCACGUACCUCAUCAUCAGGUACAUCAACCGGGACAACUUCCGGCCUCGCCUGCCGGCGUCAACGUGCAUCCGGCGGCACACGCGCAGCACGUACUUCCGGGCACCGCCGCCACCGCGAAUCAUCAUCAGCACAGCCCGACUCAGCACACGCCGCCUCAUGGAUUCUCUCAGUCAACAAAGUGUUCGUUCUCAAACCCCAGUCCAGGAGUCGGGCACAACAUAGAGUCAGGAAAGGAUUUCACGGUCGACGGUCUCUCCGGUUUCAGCAAAAAGAAGAAGAAGAAACGCCGUCAUAGCUCCAGGACGAUCUUCACGUCGCAACAGCUGGAGGAGCUGGAGGCAGCGUUCAAAGAGGCCCAUUAUCCUGACGUCUAUGCUCGCGAGAUGCUCAGCCUCCGAACCGAUCUGCCCGAAGACAGGAUACAGGUGUGGUUCCAAAACCGGAGGGCAAAAUGGCGCAAAACAGAGAAGUGCUGGGGCAGAAGCACCAUAAUGGCGGAGUACGGACUGUACGGAGCGAUGGUGCGACACUCGUUGCCGCUUCCAGAGACCAUCCUGAAAAGCGCCAAGGAGAACGAGUCGGUGGCGCCGUGGCUGUUAGCUCAAUCAUCUAAGACGAGCAGCUUUAGUCAAGAUAUCGAAAAUAAUCAAGAACUGAUUGACUGUGGCCCCGCAGGGAUGCACCGGAAGUCAAUCGAAGCGGCGGAGCAUCUCAAAUCCGGCGGCGAGGACAGUGGAAACGACCACAACGGAAGCGGAAGCAGCCCCCAUCACAGCCAUCACCAAGGCGGACCGACCAGCUCCGAGAGCGGACAAGAAAGCCAGGAUGGCAUGGGACCUUCUUCGUCGUCAGGGAUCGUUCAGGACACGGAGCAACUGAGGAACGAAAGCAUCGCCUGUCUGAGGGCGAAGGCGCAACAGCACCAGCUACAGUUGAGCCUGCAGCCAACGGCGGCGCCUAGCAGCACCCCGUAUCCAGCGGGUCCGCAGUCGAGCACGCUGCACGCCUCCGUUUAAUCACCGUUUCCGACACGUUUCCCGUGAAGUAUCCAAUCCAGGAACCGUUCGCGAUACCCGAGACAGUCUAUUUCCGGCUGAUCAUUCGUAGUAAACCGCCAGUGAUCAGUUCCAACCAGAACAGAGUCGCUUCUCUACGUCUCUAAUUACUCGAUCCCACUAAAAAAUCAACAACUACGAUACCAAUUCUUGGACGUACACUUCUAAUAAACUGAAAAGAACAGUAUUUCGAUCUAUCCUUAGAUUAGAUCGAAAAAAGGAGAAUGAUUUCAACUCGCGAAAGGGUAUCGCGCGUCAGAAUUGUCGGACGAAACCGAAGAUCAGGGUAAACAGUCUAUCGGAGCUGCCUACCGGAAGAAACCAAACGGCACACAAAAUGCACAACGAAUACGUCGCCACGAUCGGGCUGGCGUCAUCGAAGCGAUCGCUGAUAUCGCGCUGGGCCUACGCGGUUCCCGCGUUUCCUGUUCGUCCCUGGCUUCCGGGACAAGGUCAAAUGGAAACGGAACGGGAAUCACACUUCGAGACGGUCCUCAUCAACGAAAAACGGUGGCCUAUGGACGGCCGGUACGAUGACGAGUCGUCGAUCGCGGAGAUCUACAUGCUUUCACUCCCUCGAAUCGAAUAACCUCGACUCCUUUGCCAUUUUAUGGCCUCGCGAUUGAUAGGGGCUAUUCAAUGGACUGAAGGAGAUCACCAGAAAAGCGAGUGGAACGCGAUUAACUAAAAUUAGAAGUUGUAGCCGCUUUCGAAUAGUCCGCGUAUCCGUGUAACGUGUGCGUUCGUUUGAUGGUGUGUCACAUGUUACACACGUACCGCACAAUUAUAAAUAAUAUACAUACGGUGGCGAGCGCACGUUUCCGGAGCAAUGGCGGAGCGACGCGCGGCCCGCCGACGAACGAAGAAUAUUACGCCUUUAGACCACCGAACGAUUUGCAACGAAACGAUUUAAUUAACGAAAUCGCCGUCAAGGCGAAGACGAGAAACGAAUUAAGAUGCGACACAUCGAACCUCGACCUUGGAGAUGCCGCCUCGGCGGACCUGCGAAACGACAGUUCCCCGUGAUCCCAGGAUAAUGGAGAUUCACGGGGAGAUCCUGGAUUUAUUUGAUCGAUAACGGGCGAAUGAUUUGAUCGAGCUUGUUUGCGUGUAUGCGUGCGUGUGUUCGUUUGAAAGGGAGAAUGCAUAUUGCGGUCGAGCGAGACAGGGUGCAAAUGAGAAAUGUUUAUUAGCGGAAGACUUCCUAUACCCCCACAAGUACUUAAAUGAAGAACGUAACUGUUGUCAAAUGUGCAAUAUGUCGGUAUUAAGUUCUAGCUCGUUAAGGCAUUAUACUUUAUUUACGGAUACAGCUACGUGAGGCAGCGGUCGGGGUAAUGGCGUCUCGACGGCCGAACGGAGAGCUCGAUGUUAAUUAGAGGUGAUCGCAGAACGCUGCGACGGUGGCGGGAGAAUUGUGCAUCCAGCGACGACGAUAAAAUUUCGGAUUGACGCUUUAGGAAAGCGAGUAUCCUUCUAUGGAAACAAUUAUCUCUAUUGGAUUCGUCUGGGCGCUCGUUUAAACGAUUCGAGGCAGCAUUUUCGGAUCAUAGCUGCCUGAACGGAGAGACUUAAUUAAGAAGAAUUAGAAAAUUGCAGUAUUUUGAUCUCGUUUUCGAUCGUACCUUCGACUUUAUCUCGAUCCUACGAUCAUAAGAAUGGCGUCUGAGAAUGGAGAGGGAAUCUAUUGUAAUUUUUAUUGUUCCAUUUCGAGUUGAGCUGUCCAACCGCGAUGGCGCCGUUAUCUUAUCCUACGCCCACUGUAUAUAAAUAUAUAAAUAAAAAGUAUAUAUAUAUACAUAUAUAUAUAAAAAUAUAUAUAUAUAAGAAUAUAAAUGCGAAUAUAUGUGGUUACGAGGCACGCUAAGUCGUACGAAAUCUCUUUCGCCGUUCACGUUCGGGGUUAUGCACCGCGAGUUCAACGAGAGUCUUUUUGGCUUCCGAUUGUGUCACUAUUGCACGUUAUUUUUGAUGAAACCGUAACGAAUGAAACGGACCGACGAGCAGAGAGGGUUUCGUUCGCCUUGGCCAACACUGAUGACUAUAAACACGUAACGAUAAACGCACUAUAAUUUAAACGAAUCAAUUACGGGACGAUCGGUAACCACACGCUUCCGCGCGGUGGCGAGGGCGGAAACGGAUGCGAGGUAAAAUCGAACACCAAGAAUGUUGUUUUGUGAACCAUACACACGUACAGACAUACGAAUACACGCACACAGACACACACAGACACAAGUAACAACACGCUUCGGAUCUCAAGCGAACUCCCUGUA